AUGGCGACCAUUACUGAGCUCGACGCUCAUGAACAGCCAUCCGAAGAAAUGAGGGCCUCCUGGAAGAGCUAUUCCAAGUUGGAGGCCUUCCACUUGCGCAACCACCCAGAUAUGUGA